CCCCAGACCCUGUCCCGGGGCCGCGCUGCAGCCGCCGGGGGCUCGGUCCGGCCCGCUCGGCGCCGCCCGGCACCGCUCGGCUCUGCUCGGCGCUGCUCGGCCCGGUUCGGCGCCUCUCGGCUCGGUUCGGCCUGGUUCGGCUCGCUCGGCUCGCCUGGGUUCGACCCGGCCCGCUCGGUUCUGCUCGGCACCGCUCGGCUCCGCUCGGCCCUGCUCGGCUCUGCCCGCCUCUGUCUGGUCCCGCUCGGUUCGGUUUCGCUCUGCCCGCCUCGGUUCGGACUCGUUCAGCUCCUUUCGGUCCGGUUCGGUCUCGUUCUGUUUGUUUCGGCUCGUUUCGGUCCGGCUCGGCCUCCCUUAGCCGCCCUGCUCCGCACCGGCCCCGGUACCAGGCCCCGGUAACGCCCCAGGCGGGGGGGGAGGGCGGUGAGCAUCCUCCGGCGGGUUCCAUACGCAGCGGCGCUGGGACCGGGGCGGGUCGGGAGGGGCCGAAAGGGACCGGGAGGACCAGGAGGGACCGGGGAGAACCGGGAGGACCAGGAGGGACCGGUGCCGCCGCCGCAGAGCAGGAGGAGGGGGGCCGCGGCGGGAGCUGUGCCAGCGGGUGACAAAGCCACCCCAUGCCGGGACUCUGGGUGCGGAGCGAGCCUGCUGCGUGGCACAAAGCCCCCGCGCUGUGACAGCAGGCGACAAAGCCCCCCCGCGUUAGGGCGCUGGGUGGCCAAAGCCGCCCUUCCCCGCGGCACCCGAGGUGAGCCAGAGCCAGCCCAUGGUUAGCGCCGUGGCACGGAGUGACAAAGCCACUCCACGCUGUGGCACCUAAGGCACCCUGCGUCGUGACACCGGGGAGCCCAGUGCGUGCCGCCACACCGAGUGGCAGGAGCCACCUUGUGCUGCCGUGACCAAGCUGUGGCACCUGCCGUGACACUGCGGGACAAAGCCACCCCACAGCCUAUGCUGUGGCACUGGGUGACAAAGCCACCCUGCCCUGCCAGGUGACCAAGCCACCCUGCACGGUGACACCAGGGGAGCAGCCAGCUUUGUGUGUGCUGUGACACUGGGUGGCCAAAGCCCCCUUAUAGGACAUGCUGUGACUGGGUGACAAAGCCACCCUGCUGCCCCGGCAGGUGACAAAGCCACCCCACUCUGCCCCACCGGGUGACCAAGCGACCCUAUCGCUCAUGCUGUGACACUAAGUGACAAGGCCACUCCACUACCGCGCAGGUGACCAAGCCACCCUCCCUGUAUGGUGACACCAGGGACACAGCCAGCCUGGUGCAUGCCGUGACACCAGGUGACCAAAGCCACCCUGUGCCCCCAGCCCACCCCUCCGGAGGGUCGCGGACAUGCCGUUGCCCCGACCCCGGCACCCUCGUGAGGCCAUGGGGCAGAGCACGGCCGCGGCGGGCCCCGGGGUGCCACCGAUGUCCCUGCUGCUGCUGCUGCUGCUGUCCCCGUGGGGGUCGGCGGGCGGCAGCUGCCCUCCGCGCUGCGUCUGCGCCUCCAACAUCCUGAGCUGCUCGCAGGCGGUGCUGAGCACGGUGCCCACGCCGCUGCCGCGCUUCACCGCCGUGCUCGACCUCAGCCACAACAACGUCACCCGGCUGCGGGCGGACUGGGCGCCGGCGCGGCUGGCACACCUGCACGCCCUGCUGCUCAGCCACAACGGCCUCUCCUUCGUCUCCACCGAGGCCUUCACCCACGUCCCUCACCUCCGCCACCUCGACCUCUCCUCCAACCGCCUGCGGGCCCUGGAGGAGAACCUCUUCAGCGACCUGUCGGAGCUGGAGGUGCUGCUGCUCUACAACAACGAGAUCGCCUCGGUGGACCGCACAGCCUUCGAGAACCUGGGCCGCCUGCGCAAGCUCUACCUGGGCCAGAACCGCAUCGCUCGCUUCCCGCUGGAGCUGCUGCGCGACGGCAGCCGCCUGCCGCAGCUCGCCCUGCUCGACCUCUCCGCCAACCGCCUCCACUCCGUGCCCGUGGGCGAGCUGCAGGCGCUGCCCGCCUGGCUCCGCGACCGCCUCUACCUGCACGCCAACCCCUUGGCCUGCUCCUGCCCUCUCUUCCAGCUGGUGGCCCGCGGCCGCCACCGCCAGCUGAGCGCCGUGGUGGAUUUCCUGGAGGAGCUGCGGUGUCUGCCCCCCGCCGCCACGGCGCCCGUCGGCAUCCUCAGCCUGGCGGGGCAGCAGCCGCUCAACUGCAGCGAGGCGAGGGAAGCGGUGCUGGAAGCCCACCUGGGUGACAGCGUCACGCUGGGCUGCGACACUCGGCUGCGGGCGGUGCGGCAGCGGCACUGGGUGACGCCGGGCGGCGAGCGGGUGCUGGAGGAGGGCGGCAACGGCAGCGCCGCUCUCCUGGCCAACGGCAGCCUGCAGCUGCGGGCGCUGCGCCCCGAGGACGCUGGCACCUACGCCUGCUGGGUGGCAGGUCCCCUCCUCAACGAGACCCUCUACGUGGAGCUGCUGGUGCACAACUUCACCCUGCACGGCCCCCACGACACCCUCAACACGGCUUACACCACGCUGGUGGGCUGCAUCCUGAGCGUGGUGCUGGUCCUCAUCUACCUGUACCUCACCCCCUGCCGCUGCUGCUGCUGCCGCGGCGCCGAGAAGCCCCCGGGCCCCCGGGACGACAGCAUCAACUCCUCGGUGCUCAGCACCACCCCGAACCACGCCACCGGAGUGCCCGGGGAGCCGUGUCGGUCCCGCUCGGCUUCUGCCACCGGCCCGGGGCAGAACGGCAGGUUCAAGGCGGGGGGCACCCCGCAGGCACCCCCCCGGCACGGGCCCAAGGCGCAGAGGAAGGUGUCAGACCCGGACUCGGUCAGCUCUGUCUUCUCCGACACCCCCAUCGUGGUGUAGGGGUGGGGGUCGCACCGCCGGGACAGCCCCCAGGGACAUUCCCUGUCCCCUUCGCUGCUCAGACUUUGUCUCCGAAGGAUGUGCCGCGGACUGGGGCGGGGGAGGCAGCCUGGACCCCCCAGCACCCUGUCCCCAGCUCUGGGGACACACACACGCAAACGGCAUCGCCCCCCUAUGCCCCCCCCCCCGGACUGAGUAUCGCUGCUGUGCACCUCUGAGGGACAAGGAGGGAGGCUCCCGUGGGGACAGCGCUACUGGGAGGGCACCAAUCCACUGCCCACCAGACAUCACAGCACGGCGGGUGGCAGUGCCCAGGCCGAGUGCCCCCCAAGGAUGGCAGCACCGGGGGCACCCCCAGGCUGUGACAUUGGGAGGGUCCUACUUUAGCAGGGCAUCAGCCCCUCGCUGCCAGCCCCCCCACGCCAUGCAUGUGUAUCGCCAAGCAUGAGCCCACCGAGGAGCAUGUGCCACCCCCAGCAGGGGGGACACGAGGGGCAUGCCACCCCCUGGGACCCACAGCCCCCUCCCACCAGCGCUCUUCUGGCCCCACCUGUGCAACUCACAGCCGCGAGCAGAGCCCCCUCCCCCCCCCCCCGCAGGGAGUGAGACCCUGGGGGAGUCCAGCACCCCCCGGCCCUGUGCCCUUGCAGCCCAGCCUAUGCCCCCCCAUGUCACCCCUCAAGUGCUGGUCGUGUCCCGCCCCCCCCCCCCCCCGCGCUGGCAGCUGCUCGCUGAUGCCUUGGCCCAAAUAAAGGCGUUGCUACCCCUGGA